AUGGCGCGCAAUCUGCAAGAGUUGCCGAUUCGGCAGUUGGCCUGGGACUCCGCAGACUCAACAUGGGAAGAAUCCGAAGUUGUGAUGCGAAGUUUUCUAGACGAGGAUGUGAGCAAGAUUGCCUUCCCAAUGUGUUAUUCCAAGAUUCAGGCUAAUACUACCAAGAUGCUAGAUGGGGAACCCGAGAUGAAAGGAGAUGUACGCAUCCUGUUUUUUCCACGCGUCGAGGAUUUCGAGGGAGCCGAUGCUGUUUCGAAGAAAUUCAGUGAAACGUUGCAUAUCGAUCCUUCCUUUUGGAUGAUGUGCGAGACAGAGCUUUACUUUCAGGGCAAUGCCUUCCCUUUCACGACACAACACCAAGCUUCCGAGGAUUGGACAUGCACUCACAUGUCUCGUUUUACUAUCCAAGAUCGAGAAGAGGAAAAUAUGGGGGAUGGAUACCACCAGCACAGCCUUGCUUUUUAUUCCGUUUGGCUCAGCGAGGCCAAUCGAGCUUCUUUCACGCAGUUCCUACUGUGCUUCGGUCUCAGUGAUAUGAUGAAGUACUCGGUAGUCAAAGACUUCAAGGAAUCCGAUGGUCUCGUCAUGAGUGGCGGUGCUUUUGAGGAUCAACCAAUCGUCAACGAAUCCCUCCCAGAAGAUCCACAGCAUCGUUGUCGCCUGCUCCUCGACAAGUACGAGAAGAUGUCUGGGCUCUCGAAGAAGGUCAUUCAAGCUCGUGAAUUCUUGACCGCGACCGAGGAAACGUUUUACUCGAUCAACAAGUAUGCUGAAAAUUUCAACGAGCGGUGGUCAUCUGAUGCGCAGAUGGGUAUGAAACAGCGCAUCAAAGUUCUCAAACAAUUCGGAAAGGCGACUCAUAAGAUCGGCAAAAGAGCAGGGUCAUGCAAACGCCGCCUCGAUCACGAGAGCAAACUGAUUCAUCAGCUCAUUUCCGCGGAAAAAGCUGCUGAGUCAAGGCAGAGAGUAGCCCAGUCAGCUCUUUUCGAGGAGAGUAUGAGAUUGCGACAAUACAUGUUCGUCUUAUUCUGUAUUGGAAUGAUAGCUUUGGUCUUUGUAGGAAUCGUCUUACAAUCACAGUUUAAACAACGAAAAUCUUCUUAG